AUGUACGUUAAAGCUGCUGUGUCCGCUACAAAGCCACCUGCGAAAGGAGGGGUUUUGCUCGAUCAGUUUGACGUGAAUCUAAUUAAAUGUCGUACUGUCGUGUUCCGACUAACGGAGUUUUUGAGAAUAAUGAAAAUACUGGAGGCUACGUUGAAACGCAAGAGCGACACUCGUGUUAUAAUUCCUCUUAUGAACUAUAUCCUGGCGUUGUGUAGUGGUUCAACCCUAAAUUUAUCUGAGGAGCUACGUGGGAAAUUGACGGACCUGGCUGAAUUCAAAUGCUGCAAAGCCCUCGAUAUGGUUGGUCCGACGACUAUUGGAUCACUUGAAUUCUGUUUGAGCUUUCCAGAUGUUGACUUGGACUCCACGCGUUACAGAAAUCAUGUUUACGACGCAGAACUACAGGCAAAACUGCUGCAGCUCUCGAUAAAGACGAUACAAGCCGCUCUUCAACUAUCUGAAAGCAAAUACAAAUUUUGUGUGAAGGAGCGUAAUGCCAACCGACCUACUGAUCACUCCGGGAGGUCAUCCUUAUUAGACGAAUCCACCUUUGAUGAGCUUAUUCAACCCACGGAGCUAUCGAUGGCUUUGGACUUUGCCGUUUUAAUUAAGCAUAUUCAAAGCGACACGUCUGAAGCGUCGUUUCGAAAACUUAAUCUUCAAGUCUUGACAAAGUUUACAGACCAAAUGAACGAAAAAGCCUUACGUCCGAUCAAAUCUUAUCACACAUCUUUAUUUCGGUUUUCAAAAGCAUCUUCGAUCAGCCAAUCGAAAAUAAUAAUGAACUUACCGCAUUGGCAAUAUACAAUGCAUCGCAUAUACGCGUUGAUCUUAAGGAUACUGUUUAUUCUUACCAUAUCCAAAUCACUUCUCAAGCAGAUAUACCUUCCGAACAAGCAAUACUUUAUGGCACCCCAGACACAACUACGUUCAACCAAUAUUUACGAGUUACGAGAACUUCUGCAUAAUCUAGACCUGAUCUGUUCGGAUUCCGGAGACCUUGAUUUCUUAGUCCAGUCGUUGAACAAAUAUAGUAGCCGAAACUCUUCGUUCACGGUUCAGCCAACGAUUAUCUCUGAAUCGUUUAGCAAAGACGUAACUCCAGCUGUGCGCAAGUUGCGGUUCUAUUUUCAAACUAUCGAAACGUGGGCUUCGCAGUGGAAAGCGAUUCAAGAGAAUAACACGUCAGAUGAAACACUCGAUGCAUUGGAUAAAGCUGAAGUGCAAAAGCUAGCCAACGAAAAGUUUGAAAAUGACAAACUUGAGCAUAUCGAAAGGACGAAGAAGGAUGCGGCGGCUAAGAAGCGGAAAGACACUACUGAUGGAGUAAUAACUUCUCCAGAGGCUGGUUCAAUAAAAACAAUCUUUAGAAGAUCUUCCUUACAAAGAUCUAGACUUUCUCCUAUCUCGAGCGGUGCUUCAUCACCUGGUUCCCUGUCACCUGCCAAAUUGAGUCGAUCGCCAUCGUUGAACAAUAAAAAGGUUAUUCAUCCAGGUAAAUUUAAUGCGAACGGCAGUACGUUGUCGUCACCCCUCGCCUCUCGACGCGGCUCUGUGACAGAGUCUCAUGGGAAUGCUAGAAAGCCAAUACGGGAAGUCCUCUCUCCAAAGCCAAUCAAUGGCGACACUAACGAAACUUUGCCUUCUCCUCGUAGGAAGCGCUCUGCUUCAUUACAGUCGGCGGCACCUCCACCGUCAAACGAUCCGAAAACUGACACUCAGCGCUCAAACUCUCUCCAAGUUGGGGCUACUUUGAAUCAGGAAGUGCUGCGAAAAAAGCUCUACCAGAAACCCAGAAGCACGUCGGGUAACAGCAGCCCUACCCCUAACUCAUCGAAGCCCAAUGGGACGCCAACUCCUGCAAGUUUUUCCUCCAAGCCCAUACAAUCAAAUUCACCUUCUCCCCUUCGUCAGAAGAAUCAUUUAACAGCCAGGUUGCCUGAAGUGCAUGAUAUCGCCACACUUCCUGACAUGGACUCACUUGUUUUGGAUGAAGAGAAGCUAAAACUAGUGAUAGACACAAAAACUUCAGUUGAGCAGCACGAAAGUACUGUUGGAGCUAUUGCUGAAAUGGACAACGAUAAUCAGUUGGCCUGUGCUCCCAAAGAUGAAAAUAGUGAGGAGGAGUUUGCGACAAACAAAGAGUUUGUCAAGAAAGUUCGCUUUACCGGCGUGCCGCCCAUGUCUCUAAACGAAGACCCCAGGCCAAAGAAAAGAGGAUGGUAUAAGAAGCCAGCGGUGUUGCAUUACCCACCUCCUCCCCCUCAAUCUGGUGUUCACCAGUAUAGGCUUAGACAAGAAGGGUUAACGUUCCAGAGCACACUGCGUGAGAAAGACCCAGAUGCGAUGCAAAAAAGGUCAUCUCUCCUUGUGGCGACCGAGUCACCGGCAGUCUCAAGUUAUAAAUUUUCUUCCAAGCUGAGAGAUAAGUUGAUUAGAUAA